GCGGAUCACUACGAGGCUUGGAACGCAUCGCACACUUCCGGUUGCGUCCCAGGUAUCAGCUGACCGUGUCAUGUGACUCACAGUCUGUAUCGCAACUGCCGCAGUCAGAAUAGAACGUGCGCGUGAGUGAGAUCUUCCACUGCAACUCCCAUCAUCCUGACUGGUUAUUACUACAUCUCCCACCAUCCUGACUGCAACUCCCACCAUCCUGACUGGUUAUUACUACAUCUCCCACCAUCCUGACUGCAACUCCCACCAUCCUGACUGGUUAUUACUACAUCUCUCACCAUCCUGACUGCAACUCCCACCAUCCUGACUGGUUAUUACUACAUCUCCCACCAUCCUGACUGCAACUCCCACCAAUCUGACUGGUUAUUACUACAUCUCCCACCAUCCUGACUGCAACUCCCACCAUCCUGACUGGUUAUUACUACAUCUCCCACCAUCCUGACUGCAACUCCCACCAACCUGACUGGUUAUUACUACAUCUCCCACCAUCCUGACUGCAACUCCCACCAUCCUGACUGGUUAUUACUACAUCUCUCACCAUCCUGACUGCAACUCCCACCAUUCUGACUGGUUAUUACUACAUCUCUCACCAUCCUGACUGCAACUCCCACCAUCCUGACUGGUUAUUACUACAUCUCCCACCAUCCUGACUGCAACUCCCACCAAUCUGACUGGUUAUUACUACAUCUCCCACCAUCCUGACUGGUUAUUACUAGAUCUCUCACCAUCCUGACUGCAACUCCCACCAUCCUGACUGGUUAUUACUACAUCUCUCACCAUCCUGACUGCAACUCCCACCAUCCUGACUGGUUAUUACUACAUCUCUCACCAUCCUGACUGCAACUCCCACCAUCCUGACUGGUUAUUACUACAUCUCCCACCAUCCUGACUGCAACUCCCACCAUCCUGACUGGUUAUUACUACAUCUCCCACCAUCCUGACUGCAACUCCCACCAUCCUGACUGGUUAUUACUACAUCUCCCACCAUCCUGACUGCAACUCCCAUCAUCCUGACUGGUUAUUACUACAUCUCUCACCAUCCUGACUGCAACUCCCACCAUCCUGACUGGUUAUUACUACAUCUCCCACCAUCCUGACUGGUUAUUACUACAUCUCUCACCAUCCUGACUGCAACUCCCACCAUUCUGACUGGUUAUUACUACAUCUCUCACCAUCCUGACUGCAACUCCCACCAUCCUGACUGGUUAUUACUACAUCUCCCACCAUCCUGACUGCAACUCCCACCAUCCUGACUGGUUAUUACUACAUCUCCCACCAUCCUGACUGCAACUCCCAUCAUCCUGACUGGUUAUUACUACAUCUCCCACCAUCCUGACUGCAACUCCCAUCAUCCUGACUGGUUAUUACUACAUCUCCCACCAUCCUGACUGCAACUCCCAUCAUCCUGACUGGUUAUUACUACAUCUCUCACCAUCCUGACUGCUGUUUUUUACUGCAACUCCCAGCUCCCGCUCACUACCACAUACCCCACCACUGUACUUCUGAUAACUCACCAAUACAACUCUCAUCACUCACAGCUGCUGCUCACCAAUACAGCUCUCAUCACUCACAGCUGCUGCUCACCAAUACAGCUCUCAUCACUCACAGCUGCUGCUCACCAAUACAGCUCUCAUCACUCACAGCUGCUGCUCACCAAUACAGCUCUAACCCCGUGCACAGCACAUCAAUGCCUAUAACCCUUGGCCAGACACAGCUCUGGACAUUCACUAUAAUUGUAGUUCGGUGACUAUAACACCCAUGGAUGUAAUUUAUAAACUGAUGAAAUAAUAAAUAAUUACUGAGUAACUGCUAAUACUGUUUGUUGUUUGGAUUGUGUGACAUUGUGUCCAUUCAGUUCUCUGAGCCCAAUGAUCAGCUAGAAACCUUAAUGUCAUCAUCAGAAUGUGCUGAGCCCAAGCAGACAGCUAACCCUGAGAUAUAUAAUGCUUCAUGUAAUCUGACCCUGUUACAUGUCACUUUCUAAUGACUAUUUAUGUUUAGAUCUUCUCUCCGCAUCUCCUGCUCAUCUAGCCCUCUGUGGGAGUAAUAGCCACUUAAAGGGACACUAUAAUCACCAAAAUAACUUUAGCUUAAUGAAGCAGUUUUGGUGUAUAGAACAUGCCCCCUGCAGCCUCACUGUUCAAUCCUCUGCCAUUUAGGAGUUAAAUCCCUUUGUUCAUACAGCCCUAGUCACACCUCCCUGCAUGUGACUUGCACAGCCUUCCAUAAACACUUCCUGUAAAGAGUUAUCUAAUGUUUAUACUUCCUUUAAUGCAAAUUCUGUUUAAUUUAGAAUCUCACCUCCUGCUCUGCUAAUAGCUUGUAAGACCCUGCAGGAACCUCCUGACUGAAAUUAAAGUUCAAUUUCCAGAGCAGGAGAUACAAACUUGAAGUAAGUUACAUCUGAUUGAAAAUGAAACCAUUUUGUUUUCAUGCAGGCUGUGUCAGUCACACUCAGAGGAGAUGUGACCAGGGCUCUGUACACAGAAACAAAGGUGAUUUAACUCCUAAAUGGCAGAGAAUUGAGCAGUGAAACUUCAUAGGCAUGAUCUAUACACUAAAACAGCUUUGUUAAACAAAAGUUGUUUUAGUAAGUAUAGUGAGAACAUGCACAUUGUCUCAAACUUUGCCCGGUGCAUGCACACAUUGCCAGUAUUUGUAAUCUCAUACAGGUUCUUCAUAACUCAGUAAAAUGGCUGCCCCUCAGAGCAACGAUAAGCUUUCUAUUCUCGUUUAAUACGUACUUCCGCGUACACGACAACUAACAUAGGACUGUGAUGUGAUUUAAUGUUGAUAUGAUUCUAAGGAUUGUUUACUAAUAUUAAUGUGUUUCCAGAGUACACCAUGGUCUACGGAUUUAUCAUUCACACUCUGGGCCCUGGGCCCAAUGGAAGUCCCAAGUUAAGUCAAGUGCUGUAUUCUAGGAUCUUCAGCUGUGAUUUGCCGGAUGACAAGCUGCAGUCAGAGGAAUAUGGUCUGGAUAAAGUGAGACUCAGGCGGAAGGAGCGGGUUGCUAUUGUAGCCAGGUAAGAUAACUGGGCUUGUCAUAAUCGUAUGACGUCCACAUUUUCUCCCCCUGCCAACACACCAUAUUCUCUUUUUCUGCAUAUCAUGCCUUAGUUUUGAGAGUUGUAGUUCAGCAGUGUUUUGCACUACAAACUUACAGCAGAACUACAAUUCCCAAAAAUCCUUUCUAUGGCCAUAAUGCUGUGCAGGGCUGUACUUGGCUGAGAAUUGACCUAGGCAAAGCUCACUGCAUUAACAGCACAUCCUGGAGAUUUACCGCAAACACGAGAAUUUCAACCAUGAUAUUUUAUUUUAUUUCUGAAUCCCAAAGUCCUCUUAUACCAAUGCAGUGCCAGCCAGACAUGUGCAGUGUAACUAUGAUUAGCACUCACCAAGGGAGGAACUCUGACAAUCCUUGUUUCUGCAGGUGAGAAAACUGUAAAAAAAAAAAAAAGGGGUACAUGGGAAAUGAUGUUAACACUUUUAUAUACUAUAUAUAUAUAUAUGAUUGAAUUCAGGUGUUUUAAUCAGACACAUUGCCACAGAUGUAUAAAAUCAAGUAUCUAUAAAGAAAUGGACACAAAUUACAUCUUAUGGAAAGCCGUCCUAGAGAGUGGAGGCUGUUGUAGCUUUUAAUGGGAACCCACUACAUAUCUACAGUUGCAAGAAAAAGUAUGUGAACCCUUUGGAAUGAUAUGGAUUUCUGCACAAAUUGGUCAUAAAAUGUGAUCUGAUCAUCAUCUAAGUCACAACAAUAGACAAUCACAGUCUGCUUAAACUAAUAACACACAAAGAAUGAAAUGUUGCCAUGUUUUUAUUGAACACACCAUGUAAACAUUCACAGUGCAGGUGGGAAAAGUAUGUGAACCCCUAGACUAAUGACAUCUCCAAGAGCUAAUUGGAGUGAGAUGUCAGCCAACUGGAGUCCAGUCAAUGAGAUGAGAUUGGAGGUGUUGGUUACAGCUGCCCUGCCCUAUAAAAAACACACACCAGUUCUGGGUUUGCUUUUCACAAGAAGCAUUGACUGAUGCCUCGCACAAAAGAGCGCUCAGAAGACCUACCAUUAAGAAUUGUUGACUUGCAUAAAGCUGGAAAGGGUUAUAAAAGUAUCUCCAAAAACCUUGCUCUUCUUCAGUCCAGCACUGCUGCUACUCUCCUUAGGAGUGGCCGUCCUGUAAAGAUGACUGCAAGAGCACAGCGCAGACUGCUCAAUGAGGUUAAGAAGAAUCCUAGAGUGUCAGCUAAAGACUUACAGUAGUCACUGGCAAAUGCUAACAUCCCUGUUAGCGAAUCUACAAUACGUAAAACACUAAACAAGAAUGGAUUUCAUGGGAGGAUACCACAGAGGAAGCCACUGCUGUCCAAACAAAACAUUGCUGCAUGUUUACAGUUUGCACAAAAGCACCUGGAUGUUCCACAGCAGUACUGGCAAAAUAUUCUGUGGACAGAUGAAACCAAAGAUGAGUUGUUUGGAAGAAACACACAACAUUAUGUGUGGCGAAAAAAAAAGGCACAGGACACCAACAUCAAAACCUCAUCCCAACUGUGAAGUAUGGUGGUGGGGGCAUCAUGGUUUGGGGCUGCUUUGCUGCGUUAGGGCCUGGAAGGAUUGCUAUCAUCGAAGGAAAAAUGAAUUCCCAAGUUUAUCAAGACAUUUUGCAAGAGAACUUAAGUCCAUCUGUCUACCAGCUGAAGCUCAACAGAAGAUGGGUGUUGCAACAGGACAAUGACCCAAAGCAUAGAAGUAAAUCAAUAGAAUGGCUUAAACAGAAGGAAAUAAGCCUUCUGAAGUGGCCCAGUCAGAGUCCUGACCUCAACCCGAUUGAGAUGCUGUGGCAUGACAUCAAGAAAGCGAUUCACACCAGACAUCCCAAGAAUAUUGCUGAACUGAAACAGUUCUGUAAAGAGGAAUGGUCAAGAAUUACUCCUAACUGUUGUGCACGUCUGAUCUGCAACUACAGGAAACAUUUGGUUGAAGUUAUUGCUGUCAAAGGAGGUUCAACCAGUUAUUAAAUCCAAGGGUUCACAUACUUUUUCCACCUGCACUGUGAAUGUUUACAUGGUGUGUUCAAUAAAAACACAGCAACGUUUCAUUCUUUGUGUGUUUAGUUUAAGCAGACUGUGAUUGUCUAUUGUUGUGACUUAGAUGAUGAUCAGAUCACAUUUUAUGACCAAUUUGUGCAGAAAUCCAUAUCACUCCAAAGGGUUCACAUACUUUUUCUUGCAACUGUAUAUAUUUAGAAUACAAUGUCAUAACGUUCCCUGAUUGUGUAAUUGUCGUAUUUGUGGGAGGAGUUUUACUUACAUAAACCCUAUCCCCCCUUACCUGGGAUGUACUGUCUCAAGUCAUCCCACCCACCACUCCCCUUAUUUAUAUAUUUUAUUCUUUACCGUGGUGGGUCCUCUAUUAUUUACAGGUCUACCUGUACAGAGGGGGCUCUCAUUCACAGAAAUGCCUAACUGACAUAGCUCUCUUUUACUCUUAGCCACCCGGUUCUUUACAUAUGACUGGCUCAGCCAGCUUUCCUCUCGGGCUGUGUGUGUAGGUAUUAUAUGUGUGUGUGACAUUGUUGGUAUGAUCUAGACUGUAUAAAUUCCUGCUCUUUGUCCGCAGGCAGACAGAGUCCAUGUGUCUGUUGAGGCGACAGGUGUCUGGGAAGCCAGCGAGCGACUAUAGUGUUCAUUUAACCGAUGAGUCCAUCUUAUUGCAAGAAGAGGAUGUGGGAGUUUACAGCCUGGGUUCCGGAGACCCAUUUCCACACGAGAAGAUUGUCCUGUGGGUGGCUGUGUUUUCAUUUGGCUUUUCAUUAAUCUGCAACGUACAGGAGAACCUGACCCUGGCUGAGAGCACACUGAGGAUGCUUGUGAAAUACCUAGUUGAGUCCACGAAGCUGCUGACACACAGCAGUAAUAUACUACUGAGAGCAGACAUGAUUGAGAUGAGCAUUGACAAGUUCAUGCCUCAAGGACAGCUGCUCUUUUUGAAUCACCAGGCCGUACAGGCUUUGGAGAAGGAACUGAGUGGAAGUAUGACUCUAUAACUGCAGCCUAACAUAGACCAACAGGCCAUGGCUUCAAUGUAGAAUCUUACAAUGUUAUUCUGUAUAGUCUUUAUAUGAAUUGUGAGGGUGAUUAAUACUGACUGGUAAUUCAUUUAAAGGAACACUAUAGGGUCAGGAACACAACCAUGUAUUCCUGACCCUAUAAUGCUAAACACACCAUAUAGGUGGUUUGCCCACAAAAGUUAAUAAAACUCACCUUAUUUUUAGCGCUGGCCCUGCCCCCUUGGUGAUAUCAGAAUUGGCAAUUUAUAGCCAAUCCAAUGCUUUCCAUUGGGAAAGCAUUGGAUUGGCUAAAAUCGACAAGGGGGUGGGGCUAAACACCAUUUCGUCCAAGCAGCACCUCCUCAUAGGGAUGCAUUGAAUCAAUACACCUGUAUGAGGAAAAUUAAGCGUCCUCAUGCAGAGCUGCCUACUGUGCAGCCCUGAGCCAGGAAGUACCUAUAAUGAUUAAACUCACCAGAACAAUAACAUUAAACUGUAGUUGUUCUGGUGACUAUAGUGUCCUUUUAAGGAAAAACAUAUUCAAAAAACAAAAUCUAAUGGGCAAUUUCUAUUCUGUGUUCACACAACAAAGACUGAAAUUACUACCAAAGAGGAGAAAAAAAAAGUAAUGUUUUGUGACAAUGAGUGCAAUACCAAAGGGAAAAAAUAAAUAAAUCAAUUAUACAAAUACACAAGGCAAUAAACAGUCAUUAGACCUCAUUUUAAUACACUGGAAAAGUGUGUCGUGGCCCAGAGCUGGUCACUUACAUGUUCUGUCUUGAUAAACAUGACCUAAUAAUUUCACAUCACGUGAAAAUAAAAGCACAAUAUGGAAGAAGCUGUUUCCUUUACUCUGGCCCACCAGUCAGUCUCUGGGGAAGUGACAGGUAGUAAAAGUUCCACUCUAGUCUCAUGGCAUGAUAGUAAAGACAAGACAUACAGAGUAUGCAGGUAGCUAGAACAAGGUACUGUGCAACUCUUACUCUGUACUCCCACUCCUAGCUGUGGCUGGGACAAGUACCACUGAGGUUUAGGCAGUAACAUUGGACUGAGAAUAGUAUUCAAUGGAUUUAUAAAAAGCAGUUGAUUUAUUGCAAGAUAUAGGGCAACCUUCCACACCUAAACACAAAAUGUACUAUGGAGACCUGUUUAGGAGUCAAUAAUUACAUUUUAUUCCACUAUUCCAG